GGCCAAGUCCAGGACAUACCUUGAAUCCUGCUCAAAGUGCCUACUAGUGGGGCACUCGGACUUCCAUCCCCUGCUGGUAAAGACCGCGAAGACCGCGUUCAGUGUUCCCUCACAAGUCACUAUAGUCGUGACCCUUGACAUCGAGCUCCCCCAAGCCGCCAUGAUUGGAUCCUUCCAGUCAUAGACUCAUAGCACCGGAUAUUCAUCUUUCUCAAAUAUGGAUAUGCGUCUUGUCUACAUUCAUAUCUACGACCGAAGGGGUGUUCCCGACUCCCAGCUCGACUGCGCCGAUAUGACUACCGCUGAGGACACAUCAAACCGUGGACUGGUUAGAGGCCGACUUAAUGCCAUGGCGUCUCUUGUGAUUCAGGCCGCUCAUUGGAGUCUUUAGAGUUGAGCAGCUUACCUGGCACUGGUCAUCCAAUCCGCGUUUGAAAGGCAGUCUGGAAGCCGAAUUCAGCGUCACAAACGGCACAAAUCACUUUGAAUCCCCGGUAGAUGCUAAGCGGAUUGAGUAAAACCAGGAGGUAUGGGACUCUCCAGUACUACUAGUACGCAUU